UGGGAGUACGCGGGCUGGACCUGGCCGCCCACACGCAUCCUGGGAAAUGUCGUUCUUGCCGGCAGGGAGCCCCAAGGAAGCAGGCGAGGCGAAGACUACGAGUCCCAGAAGACCUCGGCGUCGUCGUUGCUCCGGGACGGCGGCUUCUGCACUCCGCGGCGCAGGCCCGCUGCUCGCGCCGGGGUCCGACGGUGGGAGCUCGGCUGCCAGGAGAGCUGCUCCGGGCCCGUGGCCGGGGCGCCGCGGGCGGCUCACGUCGCCUCAGCCGAUCGUUUUUGUGUGGAGGAAAUUAUCCAGCUGUGGCUAAUUCUUUGUUGGCCUUACUUUGACGUUCUGAAAUGGAGUAUAGGACUCAGCUGUUGAAUCCUGAGUGACAGGAUCCUUUUACCAAAAAUGGAGAAAAAACGUAGAAAGAAAUGAGCCUGUUGACUAGGCUUCAUUGCGAAAGACCAUGAAGGCAAGACUUCUGCUUAUCUUGGACAAAACCUUAAGACUCAAAAGCACUUAAAAGGCUUCAUUUUCCGUAACCAAAAAGAACUGAUUGAUGGAGAAGCAACGUGUGAAUUGAAUACAUGGAAUUCUUGGAAUGAAACCAUAUUCUUUAAUGACCAUGAGGCUUGCUAACAUCUGGUUGUUCCUGACUGCGAUCUUACUCUGUGGCAAACGCCACCUGGGGACCAGACUCGGGAAUUCUUCUCAGGAGAACCACCUGUGUUCUGAGUGUGCCCGUCUUACAUUGAAAGUGGAGUUCUCUUCCACAGUUGUAGAGCAUGAAUAUAUUGUGGCUUUCAAUGGUUACUUCUCCGCCCAAGCAAGAAGCAAAUUUAUUUCUAAGGCACUGAAGAGCAGCAACAUAGAGAACUGGAGGAUUGUGCCCCGUAACAACCCAGCCAGUGAAUACCCUAGCGAUUUUGAGGUAAUCCAGUUAAAUGAGAAUCAGAAAGAUGGAGUUCAGACACUGGAAGAUCAUCCCAAUAUCAAACGAGUUACACCCCAAAGAAAAGUCUUUCGCUCACUCAAAUACACCGAAACCGAUCCAGCAUUUCCCUGCAACGAAACCAGAUGGACUCAAAAAUGGCAAUCGUCUCGUCCCCUGAGAAGGGCAAGUUUGUCGCUGGGGUCUGGAUUUUGGCAUGCGACGGGCAGGCACUCAAGCAGGCGCUUGCUGAGAGCUAUACCCCGACAAGUUGCUCAGACGCUUCAGGCAGAUGUGCUCUGGCAAAUGGGUUUUACAGGUGCUGGAGUAAGAGUGGCUGUCUUUGACACUGGGCUGAGCGAGAAGCAUCCACACUUCAAAAAUGUAAAAGAGAGAACAAACUGGACUAAUGAGAGAACCUUGGAUGAUGGCCUGGGUCAUGGGACUUUUGUCGCAGGUGUGAUCGCGAGCAUGAGGGAAUGCCAGGGCUUUGCCCCAGACUCGGAGCUUCACAUCUUCCGGGUCUUCACGAACAAUCAGGUCUCCUAUACAUCAUGGUUUCUGGAUGCCUUUAACUAUGCCAUCUUAAAGAAAAUAGAUGUACUCAAUCUUAGUAUUGGAGGCCCAGACUUCAUGGAUCACCCUUUUGUUGACAAGGUCUGGGAGCUGACAGCUAACAAUGUGAUAAUGGUCUCUGCUAUUGGAAAUGAUGGUCCUUUAUAUGGCACACUGAACAACCCUGCGGACCAAAUGGAUGUGAUUGGAGUCGGUGGCAUUGACUUUGAAGAUAACAUUGCUCGCUUCUCAUCCCGGGGGAUGACCACUUGGGAAUUGCCUGGUGGCUAUGGCAGAGUGAAGCCUGACAUUGUUACUUAUGGCUCUGGAGUGCGAGGUUCCGGCAUGAAGGGCGGGUGCCGUUCCCUCUCUGGAACCAGCGUGGCCUCCCCCGUCGUGGCAGGUGCUGUCACUCUGCUAGUCAGCACCGUGCAGAAGCGUGAAAUGGUGAAUCCAGCUAGCAUGAAACAAGCUCUGAUUGCAUCAGCACGCCGGCUUCCGGGAGUCAACAUGUUUGAGCAAGGGCACGGCAAACUGGAUCUUCUCAGAGCCUAUCAGAUUCUCAAUAGCUACAAACCACAGGCCAGUUUGAGUCCAAGCUACAUCGACUUGACCGAAUGCCCUUACAUGUGGCCUUAUUGCUCCCAACCCAUCUACUACGGAGGCAUGCCAACUAUUGUGAAUGUUACCAUCCUCAAUGGAAUGGGAGUCACUGGAAGAAUUGUAGACAAGCCUGACUGGCAGCCCUAUUUACCACAGAACGGAGAUUACAUUGAGGUGGCUUUUUCAUAUUCUCCUGUUUUAUGGCCUUGGUCUGGAUAUUUAGCAAUUUCUAUCUCUGUUGCAAAGAAAGCAGCCUCUUGGGAAGGUAUAGCACAAGGACACAUCAUGAUCACUGUUUCCUCUCCUGCAGAAAAUGAAUCAAAAGCUGGUGCUGAACAGACUUCAACAGUGAAACUCCCAAUAAAAGUGAAAGUUAUCCCAACCCCUCCUCGGAGUAAGCGGGUCCUCUGGGAUCAGUAUCACAAUCUCCGCUAUCCUCCAGGAUAUUUCCCGAGGGAUAAUCUGAGGAUGAAGAAUGAUCCCUUAGAUUGGAAUGGUGACCACAUUCACACAAACUUCAGGGAUAUGUACCAGCAUCUGAGAAGCAUGGGGUAUUUUGUUGAAGUUCUUGGUUCACCAUUUACAUGCUUUGACGCCAGUCAGUAUGGGACCUUGUUGAUGGUGGACAGCGAGGAAGAGUAUUUCCCUGAAGAAAUCCCCAAGCUGCGGAGGGAUGUUGAUAACGGACUAUCGCUUGUAGUAUUCAGUGACUGGUACAACACUUCAGUGAUGAGGAAAGUCAAGUUUUAUGAUGAAAACACAAGGCAGUGGUGGAUGCCUGACACCGGUGGAGCCAAUAUUCCAGCUCUAAACAAUCUUCUUUCUGUCUGGGGCAUGGCCUUUAGUGACGGGCUGUAUGAAGGGGAUUUCACCAUGGCAAGCCAUGAAAUGAACUAUGCCUCAGGGUGCAGCAUUGCAAAGUUUCCAGAAGAUGGCAUUGUAAUUGCACAGACUUUUAAAGAUCAAGGUCUCGAAAUUUUAAAGCAGGAGACGGCAGUAGUAGAAAACGUUCCCAUUUUGGGCCUCUACCAAGUUCCUUCCGAAGGGGGAGGCAGAAUAGUUCUGUAUGGCGACUCGAACUGUUUGGAUGAUAGCCACAGGCAGAAAGAUUGCUUUUGGCUCCUUGAUUCCCUUCUUCAAUAUACGUCUUACGGAGUGAUGCCACCGAGCCUCAGCCAUUCAGAAAACAGGCAGCGGCCGCCAACGGGCGCAGGCUACUCUCUGCCGGAGCGCAUGGAAGGCAACCAUCUCCAUCGAUACUCAAAAGUGCUCGAGGCUCAUCUGGGGGACCCCAAACCCCGCUCUCUGCCAGCCUGUCCUCAUUUGUCGUGGGCCAAGCCACAGCCUCUGAAUGAAACAGCACCCAGCAACCUUUGGAAACAUCAGAAAUUACUAUCGAUUGAUCUGGAGAAAGUGGCUUUACCGAGUUUUCGUCAGAACCGGCCCCAAGUGAGGCCUUUGUCACCUGGAGAAAGUGGAGCUUGGGAUAUACCAGGAGGGAUAAUGCCUGGACGCUACAACCAGGACGUCGGGGGAACGAUACCUGUCUUUGCAUUCCUUGGUGCCAUGGUGGUGCUGGCAUUCUUUGUGGUGCAGAUAAAAGCUAAGAGCAGGCCAAAGAGACGGAAACCAAGAGUCAAGCGGCCACAAAUCAUACAGCAGGGUCACCCACCAAAGACACCGUCUGUUUGACUGCAGUUGCCAAAGAUGACCUUCUCUUCGUGGCUUCUUCAUGGAACUGUGAUCACUACCAAUUAAGACUGAUCAGUCAUGCUUGGUGAUUAGUGACUGAUAACAGGCAACCUUCUCGUGUGGUCUCUGGUUACAGACCAGCAAGAACUCGUUGGAUCAUCUCGCGAUAAACAUUAUCAUUCUCAGUCACAGAACUUGUCCAAGGCUUGAACGCUAUUUUAAAAAGAACUGAUCAGUUGCUCUGUGUCCCGAGGAGGGAGGAAAGGACCUUUAUCUCUUUUAUUUUAAACUGACCAAAUCUUUUCAUUAGAGGCUAUUUUCUAUAUUUAUUUUAGAAAGGGCGAGGAGAAGAUUCUCUUCAAGGCCCUCAGCUCUCGGAAGGCAGCGCCAUUUUUCUGAAUGGAAUGCAGUUUUCUAAUGCAAAGGGGGAUCGAGCCCUCCUCCGAGGGUGAGGAACUAAGACUUUGAGGGAAGCAGGAACAAAUCAGUGUGGCAUAAACCUUCGAUUUAUUUUUAUAAAGCAACUUACCAUGAUGUUUUUGUAAUUUUUCGGCAUGGUUUCACCAUUGUCGGUGGAGAAAAAUUUUCAAUAAAUAUGUUAUCUAUA